AUGGAGUGGGCUUUGAGUUCAGUUAAUCCACUUACUAUUUCUCUUACUGUUGGUUUUGUUCUUCUGAUUCUGAAUUUUUUGAAGGGCAAGAAAUCAGGUGAUAGACCACCAGGGCCUAAAGGAAUCCCAAUUUUUGGGAGUAUGUUUCAGUUGGGGGAUUUGCCUCACCAAACUAUGUACCAUUGGAGCAAAACCUAUGGACCUCUCCUUUGGCUCAAUCUCGGCCAGGUUAAUACGAUGAUCGUUCAGAAUGCCUCUACGGCUGCUGAGUUGUUCAAGAAACACGACGUGCCGUUUGCUGACCGCAAGGUGCCUGAUGCACUCACGGCGUAUAAUUUCAACGCGGGAUCUUUGGGGAUGAACACAUUUGGAGGGCACUGGAGGGUACUCCGGCGGCUCUGUUCCAUGGAAUUCUUGGUGAACAAGAGAAUGAACGAGACUACUGAGUUGAGAAUGAGGCUUAUGCACGAUAUGAUACGCUGGAUUGAAGAGGACUCAAAAACAUCGCUAGCUCAGGGAGGAACUGGGGCAGUGCAACUGAGCCGGUUCCUCUUCCUUAUGGCGUUUAACCUGGUGGGGAACCUGAUGUUGUCCCGGGAUUUGUUGGAUGCAAAGGAUCCUGAAGGGAAGGAGUUCUUUGAUUGUAUGAAUGUUAUUCUUGAGCUCGCAGGAACACCAAAUAUAGCUGACUUCUUUCCAGCUUUGAAGUUGAUCGAUCCCCUCGGGAUGAAGAGGAAUAUGAUAAGGAACAUGACCAGAACCAUGAAAAUUUCUUCCAAGUUCGUGCAGGAGAGGCUCGACAACAGGAAAGCAGGCAAAUUCCAGGAAAAGAAAGACUUUCUUGAUGUGUUAUUGGAGUAUGAAGGUGAUGGCAAGGACGGGCCUGAUAGAAUGACAGAGCACAAUGUCAACAUUGUUAUCAUGGAAAUGUUCUUCGCUGGAUCUGAAACUACUAGGUUCCCCUUGGCUCAUAGGGUGGUUCACCUCACCAUAGCCACCCUCGUCCAGGCUUUUGACUGGGAUCUUGGAGCAGGUGUCAAACCCGAACACAUUGAAAUGCAAGAAAGGUUGGGAUUAACUCUGAGGAAGAAGAAUCCACUCAAGAUAACAAGACAUAAUGAGCCAAUAAGACCAAGGGCAUGUCUUUCUCCUGCAUCCCCUUUCAUUAUGUCUCUUCUCCUAGUCUGUCUCUCUCUGUCAUGGCACGGGCUGCCCCUGCAUCAACAGCAUCGACAUUAA